GCUUUCUGGGCGUCAGCGGUGGCUGCCGGGGCAGCCGGGCUGCGGGGUUGGGGCCGGUCGCGGCUGGGAAGCCGCUGGCGGCCGAAAACGCGGUUUUGCAUCUCGGGGGAAAAGUGUGCUUUCCGGUGGCGCCUGAUAACGCUGGGAAGAAAAGUACUCAAUAAGUCAUGGUCUCAGGACAUUGGCAUUAUUGCGGAGUACAGGCAAGCAGCCCUGACUCUUGAUAAGUUCAGACUUACCGGCCUAGGUAAAAACUGCUUGUUCUCACAAAUAAAGGCAAAAAUCAAAGCUUAGCUCUGUGACACUGCAGUCUUUGAGCACAGAGCUAAAAGAACACUCUGAAUUGCAGCUCAGAGUAAGCAAGUUUCUGACGUGUUUUACUAAUGAUUAAACAGAUAGAAGCAAAAACUUAAUGUUUACUAUUCAAACUUUUGUUUAAAUGCUAGGGCUUCUGACUAUGAAGGGAAUGGUAUGGAAAGAUUAAAGUUCAUUUUACAGCUUCUUUUUGAACAGGUCUUAAAAAUAAAUCUUCUAAUAAGUAUUUUGUAACGUUCUCUCCUGUUUUUGUAACACUUUCUGUUCCGUUCUGUUGUCCAUCUAGUCCAGUUUACUAUCUCUGGCUGUGAACAAUGCCAGUUUUCUGCAGUGGGGGAAGAAGAAAAAAAAAAAGAGAGAAAACAGAAACAUCUUAAUAAUGCAGCCUGUACCAUUCAAUAAUCAUAAAGGAAAACAGCCUCUUUGCUUUUCUUAGUGCAGCUGCGUUUGGUCCAUUAUCCAGUGAGGUACACGGUUUGGAUAAGAUGAAGAAGGAACAUAACAUAACAUAAACCAUUGGUUGGCUUUAUUUUGAUGGCUGCUCAAAGCUUAUGUCACGGAUGAGCAUUUUGGGAGACUCUGGUUGGUGGAAUUUUGGAGCUGAUUGCAAUUUAACAGCUGUACAAACAAGAUGAUGCCACUUUCUACAGUGGCAUCACAUGUCCUUUUUGUUCAGUUUCUUGGAUCUGAGUUUCUAGAGAGAGCACUAGUGGGCUACAGCUGCUUUCCACACUGGGACACUAGGUAAGCCCUCUGAGCUAUACUAGCCCACUUAAAGUAGGUUUAUAGUUGAAUCUGUGCUACAAAACAAUGGGGAGGAAGAACUGAGUCUCAUCCUCUCCCCCCUUCUUUCUCAGUGGUGUUAGUUCUAACCAGGUACCAGAUACAAGUAUCUAAACAGAUACUUAAUGAUCGCUAUGCAAUGUCGGUAUAACACUAUUGAAUUCUUAAGGCUGUUGAAUUCCAUAAGUCUUAAGUGAUAAUCAAGUGAAACACACAGAGUUCAUUAAAGGUUAAAUAUUGGUUUGGCAGGGUCAAAAGUGGAGUGAAGUUUCCUGUAACCAAACUGGCAGUAGCAAUCAGGAUUUUAAAAAGUUCUUAAAUAUUCUCUUUUAAAUAAAAAGGUCCUGUAAUAAUCUUUGUAAGGAAAAAAACAUUUUAACACUACUAACUCUGUGCAUGGGAACUGAAAUAUUAGCAAUAACAUAUGGAAUUUUCUUAAGCUCAGAAUUCAUAGAAAAAUGGCUUAGGAGAAUGCUGAACUGCUGUGGUGUAGAGGGAAGGACCUAUUUCCAUUAGCCCACUGUACUGGAAACAUGAGGUCGGUAGUGUUGUAUCUGGUGUGAUGUCCUCAAAAACACUGCACACACUUAGAAUUUUCUUGUGCAUUAUUUACUGAAAAACUCUGUAAAAAACAAAAAUGAUGUAGCUAGAGGUCAUAACAAGAUGAUUUAAAGUCAGCCAUGAGUUAGGCCUCAUCUACACCACACAGCUUCUGCCUCAAUGCUAUGUCAACAUGCUUGCACGGGUAGAAAUCUUCAAUGUAAACAAAAUCAGCAAGCACAAUCCACAAUUUUACUAUUUUGUUGCCACUCCUUUAGCCUCAUAACACAUGGAUUUCUGCAUCCUUCUUAUUCUUCUCCUUUUAUGUAAUGACAAACACAGUCAUUUACACAAAUUAAUUAAAAUGACUGCUAGCAACAGUUAUAAAUAAAUUAUCAAAAUCUUUUCUGGCUAUGCUUUCCAGUGCAGUUAAGGGCUCAGAAGAGCUCUCAUGAGGUCCUUCUUGUCCUGUCAUCUCCCUGUGCUUUUUGCCAGGCUCCCAACAAUUCAUACAUUACUGGUGAACUCAUGGAUUGAGAGAAAAGAUUUUGGAGACCCACAGUUGCAGCAGUUUCCAAUUCAUUGAUCCUUCUAACUGCCAUAGUAACAUGCACUUGCGACACACCUUCAGGUUUGUGCAAGUGGAAAACAGCAGAAGAGGAAAGCAGGCUUGAAUAAUUUUUUUUUUUUUUGCCAGGAAUUUCUGGAAGUGGGAGCCUGGAAAGUAAGAUAAGACUUUUCUUUCUCUGAGCAGCUUUCUUGAUGCCUUCACCUUACAGAGUUCUUUCCGUUCUCCAGUAAGAAAACCAUGUAGAUCAACAAGUAAAUAAGAAGAAACAAAUACCAGACUGUUUCCCUCUCAGAUACUUAGUAGUGGGGAAGGGCACAAGCCGACACCUCCUCCAUGCAUUUCUAACCAACUUGCUGGUUGCUCUCUGAGGGAAAGGUGUGCGUCAAAACUUUGGAAGUUUUAUCCCAGCAGUAUGCCUCUCAGUUCCUGGUGAGGAAACGUCGAGCAAAUUCUUUUAUGGAAGAAAGUAAGAAGGGAAAUCUAGAAAGAGAGUGCAUUGAAGAAUUAUGCAAUAAGGAAGAAGCCAGGGAAAUAUUUGAAAAUAAUCCUGAGACUGAGUAUUUUUAUCCCAGAUAUUUAAGUUGCCUUGCUUCCCAUCGAGCAGGGAUUUUCAGGGUUACUGCAGUUACUCCAGAUUCUCCAGCUGACCUGAGGGCUUGUGUCAGUGAAAUUUCAAACCAGUGUAGCCCACUGCCAUGCCAUAAAGAUGGAUAUAAAGAUUGCAUAGAUGGACAAGCCAGAUACACAUGCAUCUGUAAACCAGGAUGGCAAGGAGAGAAAUGUGAAGAAGAUAUAAAUGAAUGUGAAGAUUUCAAUGGAGGUUGUAGCCAACGCUGUUCUAAUUUACCUGGAAGCUACCGUUGUUUAUGUGAAGAUGGCUACUUCAUGCAUUCAAAUAAAUGGGAUUGUGGAGAUAUAAAUGAAUGUGUGUUACAUCCAAACAUCUGUGGGACAGCUAUCUGUAAAAACACCUUGGGGAAAUACAAUUGUGAAUGUGCAGAGGGCUACACAUAUAAUUCAACUUCCAAGAACUGUGAAGAUAUUGAUGAAUGUGCUGAAAAUGUUUGUGCUCAACUCUGUGUAAACUCUCCAGGAAGUUACAGCUGCUACUGUGAUGGCAAGAAAGGGUUCAAGCUCUCUAAGGACAUGAAGAACUGUGAGUCUAUUACUGAGUGUAUCCCACUACACCUUGAAAAGAAUCAUGAACUGCUUUAUCUGGCAGAGCAAUUUAUAGGAAUUCCCGUUCUGUAUUUAAAGUUCAAAUUGCCAAAUGUCACAAGAUUUACAGCAGAAUUUGAUUUCCGGACAUACGAUGCAGAGGGAGUUAUACUAUAUGCAGAAUCCCUUGACAAUACAGCAUGGAUCUUGCUUGCUCUUCGAGAUGGGAAGAUUGAAAUUCAAUUCAAGAAUGAAUUUGGAACUAAAGUCACAAGUGGAGGCAAAGCCAUUAAUGAUGGACUGUGGCAUAUAAUAUCAGUUGAAGAACUAGAACACAGCAUCAGUGUAAAAAUAGCUAAGGAAGCCGUGAUGAGCAUUAACAGCCCAGGAACUCUUUUUAAGCAAUCACAAGGUUUCUUGGAAACUAAAGUGUACAUUGCAGGAUUACCUCGCAAAGUGGGCAACACUCUUGUUAAACAGAUAAACCCUCGGCUAGAUGGAUGCAUUCGUGCCUGGAACCUGAUGAAUCAGGGCCAUUCAGGUGUAAAAGAAGUUAUUCAAGAAAAGGAAAGCAAACACUGUUUAGUAUCAGUGGGAAGAGGGUCCUUCUACCCUGGCACUGGAAUGGCAAAGUUUCAGAUAAACUACAAUAAUCUUGACAGUGCUGAAGAUUGGCUAAUAAAUGUGACUAUGACUAUUCGCCCAUCCACAGACACUGGUGUUAUGUUUGCCUUGGUUUCUAAUGAAACAGUGCCUCUUGCUUUGUCCAUAAUGGACUCUAACUCCUCUGACUCACAGAAAAUCAUUGUGACCAUUGGAAACAUCAUUGUUGCACAUCUGGAAUCAAAGAAGUUAUGUACACCCAGAAAAGUGCUGGUUGGACUUCUAGUAACCAAACAGCAACUUGAGCUGUCAGUUGAUUCACACACAGACAGAAGCAAUUCAGAGCAACUCUCUGUCCUGCAUCAAGCAAUGAUGACAAAUGUUGUUACCUACUUGGGCGGCCUGCCAGAUGUUCCUCUGGGUGCUACGUUAGUAACUGCUUUUUAUAAUGGCUGCAUGGAGGUGAAGGUCAACAACAGACAGCUGGACCUGGAUGAAGCCAUUUCUAAACACAAUGACAUUAGAUCUCACUCAUGCCCACUGAUUAUGCAGUAGCUAUUCCAUUCUUAAUUUAACAUUUUUAUUUCAGAUACAUGUUGUGUCAUUAGUCUCAUGCCGUAGUGAAGUCUAUAUUAUUUUAUUCAAGAUGUGCCAGGAAAAUACUCAACAGCAUGUUUUUCCUCCCUUUUAUAUACAAUGGAGGGGGGGGAAAUGCCCUCUCUUUUCAGCUAUAAAGAGACAAUCAAGAUAAAAAUUCUGUAAAAUAUUAUUUUAUUACUAUCAGUGAUAGAUCUUAAAGCUAGAUUUAUAUUCCAUGCUCAUGCUAUGCCCAUGAUAUACUUAGUCUGGAGAGCAGGCUCAGGAAGCUCUGUUUAUAACCAAUUUUACUUCUUAUUUUCCAUAUAUCAGCAUAAAGCUACAAGUUGCAAAUUUUGAUAAGGUAUUCAAAACAAAACAAUUCUCAUUAAACUUUCCCAAGUGUUACAUAUGAAAAUAAAUCUCUACAGGUUUUAGAUGUGCUUUUGGUAAAGGAAAAAAUACUCUGGAAUUCAGAGCCCAAGCUCUCUGUGAAAAUGUUUACAAGUUAUAUCAGUAUUGGGAAAGCAACUUCAAAACUCAACUUUUUUUUAUGUAACUCAGCUUCUGAAGGUAGCCCUUGUUACAGUUUUUGUACCAGCUUUAAUUCUUCUAUCUUAGGAACCCAGCUUUAGACUUCUAACAAGUGUUGUGGAUCAGGUCAGGUAAUUUACUUUCAAAGUGGGUUAAAAUAUACCCCAGGCGCUUAUGGAAAGCAGAAGAGAUGGCAUGAAGGAAGGAGCUCCGGGAUUCAUCAGAAGGACAUCAAAACUGGAAUUUUCUAAGUAAAGCUGAGGAAUGGCAGCAAAUGUUUCUUCCAUUCCUGACAAAUCUAGCACUCUUCAAUAAGAGCACCCUCUCAUGGUCCAUCAUAUUCCUUUUAUUUAGGUCCACCUUGCAUUCACAGAGCCCCUGAAGAGAUGUAUUUAUGAGGCCUGUGUUUCUGAUGUGCUUGAAAGCCUAAAUUUUGCUUGUAACAUCAGAAUGUAAAUCCAUAUUCUGCUCAGCCAACUUUAAUGGAUCAGGUAAUUUGAAAAGUAUUGUUUUCCUCAGAUGUGCUUAUUUUGAGCAUUUCUAAUAUUUCUUUAAUAUCAUUGGAGUGUUCUUUCUAUUUCCAAUCUCAUUUUCACACAACCAGAAGCCUCCCUGUGCAGCCCACCUAGUGGUUCUGUUAACCCCAAACCAAAUAAAUAGCAAGAGAAUUGCUGUAAGCAAUGAAUGGAUGCUCUCAUCCAUCAGGCAGAGAGACAUUUAUCUGCAAGAAUUCUUGACCUAAGGUUUGCUUUCUUCACUUGAGACUUUGAAGUGGAAAUGUAUGUACUAAAGGAUGGAUCGUGACAAUACUGAUUUUGAGGAUUGCCUUUCUCCAGAGAUAUUCCUGGUGGCAUUAGUGAAGUUUCUUUCAUUGUUGAGUACUAGCUUUAGAAUGUCAGUAUUGCAGAAUCUGAGCCCAUUUUUUGAACAUUAUUGGUUUGUCUGAGUAAACUUUUCUUCCCACUUACAUCAUGUAAUACAGGAUUUGUCCUGACUUUCACACCAGGCAGCCUCAGUGCAGUCUCUGAAUCUGUCCAGCACUGGUUCAUAGGUAGCUACUUAUCAGCAGGAAUACUGUACGGCUGACACCCAGGUGCUCAUUGCCAGUGAACAACUAGUUCACUUUUCUAGGAUGGCAUGUAAAAAAAGUUUUGACUUCUUCAGAUGCUGUGGAAGGGAAGUAACUGCAGGAAAGCAUCCCCUCCUGCUCUCCUCCCAUCCUAAUGCACACAUACUUAAUUUGGGCCCAAGCUGAAUAUUAAUUUGACUAAAAUAAGCAGGAUUUCCUUGCAAGACAGAGCCAAACUGGGACUUCUGACAUCAAAUACAUGUGUGAUUACUUCAUUUAAUAGCAUUCUCAGCACCCACUGAAUUUUGGCAAGCCCUUGAGUCAGCCUCUUUGCCUUGUAAAACAAAUGCAGAAAUUAUUAGAUAAGGAACACAAAGUACCAGCAAUACUAUAAAUACUUAUGUUGGCCUGUGUGAACAGGAGAAGAAAAGGCUUGUUUUGGGGGUUUUUGUUAGGUUUUUUGCUUAAGUGUAAUAAACAGUAUAUAGGUGAAAUUAAGUGAUUUUUGUUUUCUUUGAUUUUCCCACAAAAACACUGUUCCUUUUUGGUUCUAUGGAGUAAAUUUUUAGAGUAUUUUAGUUAUAAUGAAACUUCUGCACUUUUUUUUUUUUAUGAUGUAAAAGUGCCUCCCUAUUGUAAAAAUUAAAUAAAGCAAGUUUCUUUAAAGUUGUA